AUGCGCUGCGAUGCGCGCAACCAGGUACCAUGCUUCCGCUGUCGUUCCACCGGCCGCGAUUGCAUUUUGGACCCAAUAGACGAUGGAGGGCGUCGAAAUGAACGUCGGAGAAAGACUACAACCCCAUCCGUACGAGGGCAUGUCAUCACUUCUCCGGCGGAUCAGCGCAAUGGUUUACAUACUCCGGCAUCGAGGGAGCGGGAGUAUUCUCCCGUCUCGGCCCGAGAUACUACUUUUAACACUUCAAUUGACUCCCUGCCUGAAACUACCACUUUGGGAGCCCAAGCCCCGAAUCAUAAUGGGCCCGAAUCGCAGCAAUUAAGCCCCAACGAUAUGAUGGCCCCGGUGUCGGCGAUGCACUCCAUGUCUGUGAACUUACUAGGGUCUAAUACUAUUUUUAUAGAGACCUCCACCAAAGGUGAUCCGAAAAGCGAUAUUAUUGCUCGAGGAAUUGUGAGCGAAGAUCUGGCUCGUGUCUUAUAUGAUCGAUUUACCGGAGGAAGCAAGAACUUCCUGCCACUUUUCGACCCAAUCCGUGACACCUUCGACUCCAUCCGGUCCCGUUCAUUGUUUUGCUUCACGGUGAUUAUAUACCUUGCAAGCCGCGCUGUAAUGGACCUUCGCAGCGAUACGCAUAUACAACGCGUACUACAAGACGAAGCACAGAGAUUAGCUGAGGAUAGCUUCUUUGAGAGGCCUACCAAGCUUGAAACAGUUCAAGGAAUGAUCUUACUUGCUGCCUACUCCGAAAAAACAUGGUUCUCCACGGCGCUCAUUCUACGCACUGCCCUAGAUUCCGGGCUGGAAAAGUCGCUCGACACGUUAUUGUCCCAGGAGAAUGUGCCGCGCAGUUCCCUCGCUGCUUCCAUAGCCGACCGCCAGCUUGUGUGGCAGACCAGAACCUGGCUUAUUACCUUCACGCUGGAGCAGGAUGUUGCUUCGGGCACCGGCCGCAAGUCUCGCAUUGCCGAGGUCGAUGCUAUAAAGCUACGGAAAUUUCUGGACUAUCCGCUCUCUCUUCCUUGCGAUAUGCGAACGGUAUCUAUCAUUGAACUUCAUCAGCUACGAGGUUUGCCUGAAUCUUACUGA